AUGUCCAUCUCUGCUGCAACGUGCCUUGCUGUGGUCCUCUCGCUGAGUUUGGCUUCUGGCCACUCUAUCCAGAAGCCGAUGCAACAACAACCCUCCAACUUCAUUCAGACUUCCAUCUUCCACCACCAAUCAGCCCUUUUAGCCUCCGUUGACGAACCCGUGCAACAUGUGUAUGAUGACUUCCAAGACGACAUCCCCUUCCAGGGUAUUGCCUAUUUUGCCCACCUCAACAACACCAAUUGUUUCUCUGCCUCUACCGAUGGCACUUUCGACAUCGCCAUCGUCGGCGCUCCCUUCGAUCUGGGCGUGACGUACCGUCCUGGUGCCCGAUUCGGCCCUGCUGCAGCAAGGAUGGGCUCGAGAAGGUUGUCCCCUUCAAUGGGCUACAGCAUGGAUCAUGGUGUCAACCCGUUUCGAGACUGGGCCAGGGUGGUGGACUGUGGAGAUAUCAGCAAUACACCCUUCGACAAACUUCAAGCCAUUCACGAGCUUCAGAAAGGUUGGGAGGCCAUCGGCGCAAGAACGGUUCACAACACCGCCAAAGGCAACGUUCCUCGAAUCAUCGGCAUUGGCGGCGACCACACAAUCAGUCUUCCAGCAAUCCGCUCCUUGUACAAGACCUGGGGUCGCGUUGCUGUUCUGCACUUCGACUCACAUCUGGAUUCAUGGGAUCCCAAGCAACUCGGUGGCGGGCUGACUAAAUACUCCCAAGUCACACACGGCUCCAUGUUCCAUAUCCUCCACGAGGAGGAUUUGCUGUCCAGAACUUCCAACAUGCAUCUCGGCUCACGUUCCAUGCUCUUUGACGACAGGUACGAUCUUGAGAACGAUGCUCGAUGUGGCUUCUCAUACAUCCGUGCGCGAGAACUGGACGAAAUGGGUGUGGAAAACGUAGUCGACCGAAUUGUGGACACAGUCGGCGACGAAUACGUGUACUUGAGUAUUGAUAUUGAUGUUUUGGACCCAGCCUUCACUCCUGCUACCGGAACCAUUGAACCAGGCGGCUGGACAUCGAGAGAACUACUGCGGAUCUUUGACGGUCUUUAA